GUCGCUGUGGAUCGUUGUUAGUGCGGGAGAGCAGCAGUAGUGUGUGUAUGGAGACCGCGGUCGAUCAAACUCCUGCGGUCGAUAGAUCGGGAUGAGAACAGGAAUCCGAUGAUCCAGCAGUCCUACUCGAAUAAAGGACUAUUGUAUUUAAGAGAAUGAGAAUAAUAAGGCUUAAGGGGCUUGAUCACUCUGUUCAUCUCACUGGCUAGGUGGCUAACUGCUUGAUCUCCUAAUGGAAAGACCAUUUGAGUUUGUCUGAUGUGAGUGCUGGAUACAAUGAUUCUCGUGUUUCUUUAAAGUAACAUCAUCAAUGCAGCGCGAGCGCUCCAGCCUGAUGAAUGAUACAAAGUAACGGACCCAGAGAAACACAAGCCAAGACUGAGUGAACAAACUCUCGCAGGCCACCUUUAAUGUGCAUCUGCAAAGCACGCUACAGAGCCAUGGCUAUGAGGAUGUCUUAGCCCAGCGAGCACUCUGCAAGGGAUGACUCUGUCAGCUUUUCCCCCUUUGGGAACUUCAGGUAAUGAGUCAGCAUCAGUGAUGGAGAUCCAUUGAGUCCUGUCCCUGAUUCUACACUGCCCUUUCCCCCUUUACCCCUGCCCUGCCCGGCAAGUGCACGAACAUGCUGCGCUACCUCCCUCUCAAACUCGGCCGUUUGUACCGGUGUUUGAAGCUUCUAUUCAUCGUGGGCCUCUUUGUUAUCUUGCUGAUGAACACGCAGAACCUCUUUGCCUCUUUCCAAAAGAACGAACUUACCGACCGACGAUUCAUCAAUCUCAACAAGUGCCCGGCCUGCUUUGGCACCAGUUGGUGUCGUAAGUUUAUGAAUGGACAAAUAUCCUUCGAGACAUGGGGUCGCCUUCGCUUCCUUGAUGUCUUCAAUGUGAAAAACGUGUUCUUUGCCCAAUACGGGGAGCCUCGUGAGGGUACACGGAGGAUCGUACUCAAGCGAUUGGGUUCUAAUCAAGAGCUUACUGAUAUUGACCAGAAGAUUUGCAAGAGGGCAACGGGGCGUCCUCGUUGUGAUCUCAUCCAGGCCAUGUACAAGACCGAGUUUGCCCGACUCAAUGGGGACGUCAGACUCUUAACUCCAGACGUUGUUGAAGGCUGGUCAGACCUUGUUCAUUGUCCGUCCCAAAGACUGCUGGACAGAAUAGUCAGGAGGUACGCAGAGACAAAGGACUCUGGAAGCUUCCUGCUCAAGAACCUCAAAGAUACAGAAAGGAUGCAGCUCUUGAUGACAUUGGCUUUCAACCCAGAGCCCCUAGUGCUUCAGAGUUUCCCAUCAGAUGAAGGCUGGCCAUUCGCAAAGUACCUGGGCGCUUGUGGACGGAUGGUGGCGGUGAACUACGUGGGCGAGGAGCUUUGGAGUUUCUUCAACGCUCCUUGGGAGAAGAGAGUAGAUCUGGCCAAGCAACUGAUGGACAUUGCAGAGCAGCUCACUAACAAUGACUUCGACUUUGCUCUCUACCUGCUGGACGUCAGUUUCGAUAACUUUGCUGUGGGCCAGCGGGAUGGGAAAGUCAUCGUGGUGGACGCAGAGAAUGUGGUUGUGGCCGACAAGAGGUUGAUCAAACAAAAUAAACCUGAGAACUACGACGUCUGGUACGAGAGCAAGUUUGAGGAGUGUGACAAGGAGGCCUGCCUUUCCUUCUCCAAAGACAUGUUGUGUUCGCGGGUCACAGUGGACCACAACUAUUACGCAGUCUGUCAGAACCUUCUAUCGCGAUAUGCGACAUGGCGAGGCAGCUCUGGUGGGCUCCUUCACGACCCCCCGCCACGCAUAGCCAAAGACGGCCAGCUUGAAGCUCUGUUGGACGAGUGCGCCAACCCCAAAAAGCGGUACAGCCGCUUCCAGGCAGCUAAAGAACUGCGCGAGUACCUAACCCAGCUCAGUGGCACCUUGAGGUAAUGACAGGUCACACCUGUCAGUGCUCAACCUCCACCCAUCAGUGUCUGAUGAUGUCAUCGGGGUUUGGCGAUUCCCAUUGGACUCACGAUAAAGAGAUAGAGAACUGUGGGGGUCCAUGUCUUGAAGUUUUGACGUCUGGGCAAAAGGAAGCUUUGGUCAACUGUAACUCUAUCUCAGACCAAUCAUCCAUCACUUCUGUGUAUAUUUUGUUUUGCUUACAUUAAUUAAUAAAUUAUUGAAGAGUCUUAGGUUUAAUUUGCAAUAAAAGCUGCAGGUAUGCUAUUGUUGUUAAGACAGAAACAUACUUUACACAAGUAUGUAGACUUGAAUGCUUUGCCAACGCACUGCAAAUAGAUGUUAUUAUUCAGGUAGCUAGCAAUAAACUGUGGCAGGCCAAACUGACUUUUAAUCAUGUGCUGGAGAUUAAUUAUAUAUAAUUAAAUUUUCACUAGUUAAAAUGCUAAUUCUUGCAUUUUUACUUGCAGAAUUGAUUUCUAAUUGAUUUGAAUGAUUUCUAAUUCACUUCUGUUCAAAAUGCAAUUACAGAUAUCUAUAAUUAAUCUCUUACUAGUUAAAAUUCUAAAUAUUCAGAUGAUGACUAGUAUGUUCUUACUAGUAAAAAUAGUUUAAAACAAUUGUAUUAAAACUAGUUAUUUUUUAUAUCUGUUAUUGCAUUUUGAACAGAAGUGAAUGACAUAAUUGUGAAAUUCUACUAGUGAAAAUGCAGUUUUAGACAUCAAAACUUAUGUUUGUUACUAGUUGAAAUUCCAUGUUUUUCAAGAAUGUGUAUUUCCGCAAGUAAUAAUGUAAUUUUUAUAUCAAGAAUUAAAAAUUUGUACUAGUGCAAACCUUAACUAAUGAAAAUUUAAUUAUAGAUACUUCAAUAUAAUUAAUAUCCUGCAUAUGAUUAAAUGUUGAAAGGACUUGUGAUUAUUAAUGUCUAUAGUUUAAAGCUGAAGAGUGUAAUUUCUUCGCCACCAUCAUCACCAAACGCAAUUGCAAUCAACCUAUAAGUGUUUUUUUUUUUUUUUAUGAUGUCAGUACAUAUUAAGCUGGGAUAGAAGGAAAUAUUUAAUGAAGAAAAAGUUGCACAAAUCAGCUUUAAAUAACUUUAACUACCCUACUCAGCAAGAUUCUCUUCAAACUGUUGCUCCGCCACGACAGUAGUUCAACUGAAAGAGAAACAAAUCAUAGAAUGAGACCGUUUAAGCCAGUGACUACUAUAGCACCCCUUGUGACAAUGUUGAGAAUGCAACACAUACUUGCUAAACAGUUACGUCAUCAAUUGCAGUCUGACACAUUUCAUAAUGUAACAGCUCACAGAAUCAAGCUUAAGUAGCUAGAAGUGUCAAGGUUCAUGUACUUGCGCAAGUAUGUUUUCGGCCUUAACAUCCUGCAGUUUACUUUGAGUUUAAUUGCAAAAAUUGUUGACACUCAGAAAGGUGUCUGGGAAUGUUAGUUCACAGAGUGACUACAGUGAUCCCAAAAAGUAUUUGGACACUUAAGCCACACCUAUAAAUGUAUAAAAAUCAUUACAGUAGGUACAUAAUAUCAAACCAUAUGUCAUCUGCAAACAAAUGAUGCUAGACUUUUUCUCAGAACUUAAAUUUUUUUGCCAUUUUUGCAACUGUAGGGUAAGUUUUGUGGAUUUUAGUGGAUGCAUGAAGUCGUAGUUCAUCACAUGAACUAUGGACAUGUUCCACUAAUAUUUGACAGCCAGGUAAUGUCUUUUGGUCUUUAUGUUGAACAGUAUAUGUAGUGUUUUAUAAUUCAAAACCCAAUGAAGUUCUUUUUUGUGAAAUGCUUUGAUUAAAUAGUGUGCUUGUUCAAAUACUUGUUCGGGCCACUGUAUGUCUCAAACUUGUUAGAGAGUGUCUUCGUCUAAUUGUUUUACUUGCAUUCCAGAAAGAAUAUGUUUGGCAUAGUGUAAUUUUGAAAUGCUAAAGAGGAUUUCAAAAUCUGUACAUAAUUAGAGGAGAUUGGAGGGGAAAUGAGUUGAAAUUGCUUUGCAUAUACCAAAGAGUCUGGUUCUAUGUAACUCAAACCUCUAAAUUAAAGGGGCAGAGCUUCUCAGUAAAAAUGAGCAUUUUCAACCAAUCAAAUUUACCCCAGAGCAACUUCAUAAAUGCAUUUAGACUUGUUGCAAAAAUUUGUGUUUGUAUUAAUCAAGCAAAAGUCCAUGGAGGGCCACAAUGAAUAUAAAUUAUGUAUCACUAUUAAAUCAGAGCAAGGCCCAAGCAUCUAAUUGGCAAUUAACUAUAAAUGAUCUACUGGCAUAGGAUGUGUUGUAGCACUAUGAAACUCCACAACCUGGGAAUGUGCAUCCAUGCAGGCUUAAAAAGAGACUUUCUAUCUUUAAAAUCCAUCUUAACAUUUCAGUUACACAGCUCUGCAAUUGAAUUAAUCAAAAUGUAUUUAGAUGUCUCUAACACUUAAGAUCAUUUAACUUUGAGCCAUUCUUUCCCUCCCUUGGUUUGAUUUUGCACUUGGUGGACCGAUGAAUUAGAUCAGUAUGCUAAUGAGUAUAUGUUAGAUAGUGAAGUGUGCAAGUGCUUGACUGACAACAUCACUUCGUUGAGCAUGAACGUUUGAAAACUAGCUAAUUGCUUUCAAUUUAUUUUUUCUGCCAGAUCAAAUUAAUAAAAUAAAUCCAGAUUUUAAUCUUUGUAUUUCCAUGUUUGGGUUCUGGCCAUGCAGGCCCACAAUAGUCAAAGCAAUAAUUGUUGAUCACACCAUUAUCUCUGAAAAUCCCCUGCUUUCAUCAAAUCUUUACCUGUUAUUGGAUGGCCUCUCUUUGGGUGUUGGCACGUGAGGGAUAUUUUGCGUGCAUAAAUAACUGUCCGCUUUUGUACUGUAAGUAUAUUUCUGUUGAGUAUUUAAUCAGCUGUGUCUGAUUUUACUGUGCCUUUCAUUCAGAAGUUGUAUUUACAACUUUUUAGU